AUGCUUAAAAGCGAGAUGAAGACUGAAGGUGAGAGGCAGCUGAGGAAAGUCCGAUUUCGAAUUGCUUCCUCUCACAGUGGGAGAGUACUAAAGGAAGUGUAUGCAGAUGGAGAAACGGCAGACUCUUUGGAUUCUGAAUACGCCAGUAGUUCAGAGACUGACCAAACCAGCAGACUGAGUGAAGCGGAUGGACAGCAGAAUGGACAUUUAGGAUCUGAGUGUGAUGAAAAUGAGAAUGAGCAAGAUGACUUGCUCAUUUUAGUGAGAGCUACUAAAGAGAGGGGCUUUGGUACAAAACGAGUCAACAUUCUAAGCAAAAAUGGCACAGUCAGAGGAGUCAAACACAAAGUCAGUGCUGGUCAAGCCCUCUUUAACAAUUUAUCAAAAAUAUUUCAGCAGGUGUCUACGGUUCUAGAAUUUGGUCGCAUCGUAAUUUACACUACCAGCCUUCGUGUGGUGAGAACUACGUUUGAAAGAUGCGAGCUAGUAAGAAAGAUCUUCCAAAAUCACAGAGUGAAAUUUGAAGAAAAAAACAUUGCUCUGAACAGUGACUAUGGAAAAGAACUAGAAGAAAGAUGCAGGAGGGUGUGUGAAAUUCCAUCACUACCUGUUGUCUUUAUUGAUGGCCAAUAUCUUGGGGGAGCUGAGAAAAUUUUGUCAAUGAAUGAAUCAGGGGAGCUGCAGGAUCUCUUAACCAAAAUUGAGAGAGUGCAGCAUCCCCAAGAAUGCCCUUCCUGUGGUGGUUUUGGCUUCCUUCCAUGCUCAGCGUGCCAUGGGAGCAAGAUGUCAGUGUUUCGGAACUGUUUUACAGACUCUUUCAAAGCCCUCAAGUGUACCUCUUGCAACGAGAACGGGUUACAGCGCUGCAAGAGCUGUGCAAGUUAAGAAUGGCAUCUUCCCAUGUAGAACCUCCUUUUAUGAUGUCCCCACAGCAGUUUGUUAUAUACUUUUUAAAAACGACCAUGUUUCUG